AUGAGCUCUGAACCGCAGUGCCACGACACGGGUGGCUCCUAUCCACCUGAGCCUACAUCUGGAUCUUUUGGUGUUAAAAAGGAACAACUUGAAAACAUCAGGGACACCAACACCGACAGCACUGCAGCCUCUCCAUCUCAUCACGCUCAGCUGGACCUGGCAACCGGCGCCAACAACCACGAGCACGAACCCCAAGAUCGAGAGCGGUCUGACGACUGGACCGUGGAAGACCUUUUGGACAUUCAGGAAGGGAGACACCAAGAGAUCCUACAGGAAAUCCGUGCUGCAAACGCAGAGGACAGGAUCGUUUUGAACCAGGCGAUGGGGCAAAACAUAUCUACGAAUCUCAGCCUGGGGUUCCAGCGCAUCGAGGAGUUCUUCACAAACUGGGCGCAACAAUUCACUCAGCACCAUCUAGUGAGCAAAGUUGCCUCGCUUGAGGAGCGACUGAAUCUGGCAAACCAAACAAACCAGAAACUCAGCGAGGAUUUCAAAGAGAUGCGCACCAAACACAGAAUCGCCUGCACCAAACUCGACAAGGCUCUCUGCGAGAGAGACGAGCAAAGACGCCUCGCGGAUGGAGGAGCCCUUGCCAACUCUACCAAGGCGACAGACGAUGCUGUUGUGGACAAGUGGAGGAUUCUCAGCUACAACAUUCACACAUUGGCCCAUUCUUUGGCAAAGAGUCCUCCAUCUCAGCGGCUUGAUCAGAUCGCUCUUUCUCGGCUGAGUUGGAUCUCGCAGUCACAUCAAAAAGAGAUUCAUGACCAAGACUACCGAGAGUUUCUUCUCCAAGGUUACCUGUGGCGCAUGGUCAACGGCAAAGUAUUUAACGUUGGUACUCGCCUCUGGGGUGGCCCUAGGAUGGCCGGCCUCAAGACUGUCCAGAAAAACCUCAUCAAUCGUCUCGGAGAGAAAGCUCUAGAGCGCUCUGAGAUUUGCCAGCAAGCUGCGAGAUGGCUUGCUCAAGGAUCGGGCAUUCUCGAUCAGCUCUGGGGCUGUGAGUCAGGAGGCGCGAGUGCCCUUGCCAACAUCGAAACCAAACGCCUGAUGCCAUUCCUCUCGGCCCAAAACGCCAGCUCUGAUAUGGCAGAAAAGGUCAACGAUGAAAUCAAGGUCAUUGUCGAGUGUGCCGUCGAGCUAGACCAGAUGUUCAUGUGUUCCAAGGCACUCUUCCAGCUCCAUUGGAAAGACCAUUGCCAGGACCAUUCAAAGCGUCAGCGAUACAACUCAAGCAGCAUGGAUGUAGUUGGCUACGAAACCGAGCCGUCCUCGGAGAGCAUUGUCAAAAUGGUUAUUUCGCCCUUCCUCUACAAGGCUGGAAACGCAGACGGCCAGAACUACGAAUCCUCGAUGCUGCUCAUCAAGGCUGAUGUGGUCUGCGAUUAG